UAAGUCAUAAGCUAGUUUCAGUUAUCAGGGAGUGACAAAAUGCAAAACAAAUGGCAGAUCCUAGACUUUUAAUAUACUCCAGAUAGAAUAUUUUUUCAUGUUAGACAAAGAGAAAAGAGAAAAUGCUAUUUUUUGUUCUGUUACUUCUGUGUUUGUUAGCUAGUGUUCAUUCUCCAGAACGUUGCUAUCAUCGAUUCAUUGGGAUCUCUGAUAUAAUCGAACUUCACCGAUUAGAUUUCCUGCAUGUUCUUUCUUCAACUUUCAUGCUCAUAGUUUGUUUCAGAAAGACUAGAACUUUUCUCUGCAAUGGCUAAAAGUGCCCAUGUUCCGAAAUUUGGCAACUGGGGUGGCGAAGAUAAUGUACCGUACACAGCUUACUUUGAUAGUGCACGCAAGAGCAAAGCUGGAGGUGCAAUGAUCAAUCCAAAUGAUCCAGAGCAGAAUCCGGAGGCCUUUAUGUUUGGAAGUGACGAUGACGUUAAAGUCUUCCAGGCUCCUCUUCAACACAACAUUAGUAAUGAUAUAGAGGCACCAAAGGAAAAUCACCACAGUGAAGGAAACAAAGGGAGCCUUAAGAGAAGUAGUAGUGGUAGUGGUCAAAAUUAUAAGAAUGGUGUGAAGAGUGUUACGUCGGAAACUAGCAGUGACAGAAGCAAUUCUAAUUCAAGCCUUCCAUCCAAUCACCGGAUUGCAAGAACUGAAAGGAAGAAAAACAGCAUUGACAAUAUUAGUUUCUAUCCUCCUUCGCCAGGGCCUAACAGACUGAGAAACGGACAUAAUCUGUACGAUGAUUUUUCCACUAGAUCAGCAUCAGUACCCAUGUUCGGGCAAUGGGAUGAACGAGACCCUACAUCAGGAGACGGAUUCACUGUAAUUUUCAAUAAAGUCAAAGAAGAGAAACAAAUAGCAGCCUCCAAAUUUCCUAUAGUUCCUAAUCAACCUGCCAAUAUGCCAAACACUCAGACCAAAGAUACCAGAUCAAAGCGAUGUUGCUGCCUAUUUUAGAUUCAGGGAACGGAAAGGAAGACGGAGAUCAUCGAUAUGCAUGCUUCAGUUUGUUGUUUCAGAUGCAUAAAUCAGAAUCCAAGUCUCUAUAUUUGAUGUAUUGAGAAAAAGAUUCUUAAGUAUUGCUAGUAGUUUGGUUUGUAGCUUGUACCGCAACUUAUUGCAAUCUGGUUUUUUCAGUUA